GUAGGUACCUCCUCGUCAGGCCCUUGGUCAGGCGUCCCGUCAUUAACCAGCCUGUUAUGGCAUUACUUUGAUUCUUAUAGCUUGGGUACACUACACCACCACCAACCUGCGAUCCUCCAUUCCUCAGCUUGGGAACCUCAUUUCCUCCACGACGUUGCAGCUGAGCCUCUGAUCUGUUUAUCUUGCUUACAACUCCUCACUGACAACAAGUGCAUGGAAAGGAUAUACCCCGAGUCGUCUUUCGUCCUUUGACUGAGUACGUCUUGUCCGUUCCGCCAGGAACCCCACGCUCCAUCAAGCCUCAACACUUCGAUCCUCCUGCAAUUGAUGAAUACAUCCUCACCUAGGUGCUGACACUGAACCUGCUUUGGCUAUUUUACAGAUGUAUAGUUUAGAAAACGCACACGCCUUGUUGUAUCACUUACAGCUCCGUAUACUCACAACGUCUCACACCUCUCUAUGAACAAGGUUGCGCUCUUGUACAGCACCCUCUCGCCGAUACCUUUUACCCUUCGUUCCUCCUUGUUUGACGACGGCCCACGAUCCGUAUCUCAAACCCUCGAACGAUGCAGUACGUUCGAAACAUUAGCGAUUCAGUGUCAACAGCCUGGAAUUCCAUUAAUCCUGCCACGCUCAGCGGUGCCAUCGAUGUUAUAGUAGUAGAGCAAGAGAAUGGCGAUCUGUGCUGCUCACCCUUUCACGUUCGCUUCGGCAAGUUCUCUCUCUUGCGACCUUACGAGAAGAAGGUCGAGUUCAGGGUCAAUGGCGUCAAACAGGAAUAUGCUAUGAAGCUCGGGGAGGGGGGAGAGGCGUUCUUCAUAUUCGAGACUUCAGACAAUAUACCUCAGAGUUUGCAAACCUCCCCCCUCGUAUCACCGGAGACUAGUCCAAGUCUCGCUCCCACCGAGCGGUCUGGUGCCGCAGGCAUACUCCAGGAACCUGACCUUUUGCAACUCGACGGCGAGAAUGCAAAACGGAGGGGCUCGACUAUAAUAAGGCCGGGACCUAAUGUGCUCCCGCCUCAUCAGUUACGGCCAGGUGUUUCGGCCCCUGCUGUUUCUUCACCCGAAUUGGAUGGAGGACGUCCGAGCUCUAGGAACUGGCUUGAUGUACCUACUCGACGAAAUCCUCCCAGCGAUCCGGUCGUCUCUACUCAUUUGCGUGAUCAGGAUGAUUCGGCUGAUGAAUCGUUUGGGGAUAGCCCCCCUGCCUCCCAACGAUCACGCAGCCCGCCGCCCGUUGGCCCACUUGAAGCCAUACAGCGUGCUAUGACACUAUCCCAGCAGCUCUCGGCUGUAAAUAUCCCAACUCGUGUAACAGAGACAGGGGAUUUAAUGCUUGACAUGGCCUCAUACAAGGGCAGUGAGGAGGACGCUAUUAAAGCAGAAAUUCUUGCUCGCAAAAUUUUAUCCGAACAAUUACAAGGCGACUAUGACAUUGGCGCUCUAUUUGGAAUGGAUGAAGAAGGAAAUUUGUGGAUUUAUAGCAGCGAGGAGGCAAAAGAGGCAGCCAUGCAAAAGACAGUUGCUUCACUUCGACCCGCGCCGACUUUGGCUGUCGAUGCUGUUUCGGAUCCCGGGUACGCUAGUGAUGAUUCGACAACCUCCUCACGAGUUCCUAUACACCGCCGUAGCGAGUCUGAUAUCGGUCAAGGUUCGGUGCACACCCCCCCUACUACGCCAGGCUCUGCUUCACUAGUUAGCCACAACCAAAAAAAUUACGCCAAGACCCUUCGUUUGACGAGUGAUCAGCUGAAGGCACUUCAGUUGAAGCCCGGCGAGAACUCCAUGAGUUUUACCGUGAACCGAGCAACCUGCAACGCCAACAUGUUUCUCUGGAGACACGACAUCCCCGUGGUGAUUUCUGAUAUAGAUGGCACGAUUACGAAGUCCGAUGCCUUAGGCCACGUUUUGAAUAUGAUUGGCCGUGAUUGGACGCAUGCGGGUGUCGCAAAACUAUAUAGCGACAUCGCGGCAAAUGGCUAUAAUAUCAUGUACCUGACGAGUCGAUCAGUCGGUCAAUCUGACACAACACGGGCUUAUUUAAAUGGUAUCGCCCAAGAUGGCUACCGCUUACCAAAAGGCCCAACUAUUCUUUCUCCAGACAGGACCAUGGCUGCGUUAAGACGUGAGAUUUAUCUCAGGAAGCCUCACGUAUUCAAAAUGGCCACACUCCGUGAUAUUAGGAGCUUAUAUGGACCAGAAAACCACUGCUUUUACGCAGGAUUUGGUAAUCGUUUAACAGAUCAGAUUUCCUACCGAACUGUUGACGUCCCACGCAAUCGCAUCUUCACGAUCAAUUCGAAUGCGGAAGUUUCGUUGGAUCUAUUGAGCUUGAAUAAGCUGAAGCUUAGCUACGUCAAUAUGGGAGAGGUUGUUGAUCAUUACUUCCCGCCUGUCAGCACGUUAGUAAAGGGGGGCGGAGUCGAGUACACCGACUUCACCUUCUGGCGUGAUACACCGCUAGAGUUGGACGAAUUCUCAGCUAGUGGGUCAGAGUUAGAUGACCAAAGCGACGUAGAUGAAGAUGAGGAGGAUGACGAGGAUGUGGGAGAGAUGGGGGAUAGCUUCCUCUCGCGCGGAGAUGAUGACGAUAGGUACGCGGGCGAGAGCGUCCAGAGUGGUGAUUACGAGGACGAAGAGGAUAUGAUGGAUUCGGCGAUUUACGAUCGACCUGAUGACGCUGAUGACGAAGAUGGAGAGGACGAGGAUUACGAAGACGAGGACGAGGCGGCGGGUUAUAGCGAAGAUGAAAACGAUACUGCGGAAAUUCAACCUGGUCCAGCGAAGAGAGCGGUACCAGACACAAAUGCUCAGAUAAUGACUGGUUUGAAGAAUCUGGGGAUCCAAAAGAAGGUCUGAAGUUCAGAACGACACUGAAAAAUCUA